AUGGCUAAUAGUAAAAGUCGCUCUAAAUGGACGAGACCGUCUUCAUCCAACAUCACAAACCACAGUGUUUCCGAUCAUUCGAGUAGAAGACGUAAGCCGUUUUCAAUGAAAUUUGCAAAUACAACAUGUUCACGACGCCACAGUCAAAUCGUUUCGGUGAACGAUGGUAAAGACCGUUGCCGUACCUUUAAGGACCAAGGUGUCAAGAAUAGAAAAUUUUAUAAGAAUAACGCAAAAGAUGAACGAAAAAGAAAAUUAUUUUAUGAAAAUAACAAGAGUAUGGCAAUAAAGCAAGUAGGAACUAAGGCAAUGCUUCCACCCAGUAAAACGAUCCUAUGUCGAGCUGGUAAUAAAGUUAAAGCUACAGAUCACCGAACAACAUCAAAGAGAUCUGAGCCGAGUGAAACCAAAGUUACUUCUGACAAAAAUGAAAAAACGAAUGAGAUAUUAGACAGUCAUCAUAUCAUUCAUGGUAAGAAGAGAAUCGUGCCUCCUCUUCCUUUAUUAUUUCCACUUACGACUAUGUUAGUAACUCCAGCUCGCGCUGGACUUCUUCCCACACCGAGAUUUGGCAGUGGCAUAAUUUCUUGCUUACCGAACCCAAAUAAAACUCAUCAAGCUCAGGCGCUAACUUUAAAUAAGAUUGCUAAUAAUGCUGCCGCACUCCAGGCUCUGAAAGAACCUCACUUGUUAACUAACUUUGCAGGAAAAAGAAAACAACCAUCUAAUUCAAUCGCUAAUAAUAAUACCCAAACUGCUUUAAUAAACUUUCAGCCGUCAACCGUCAAUCAAAAAAUUCGCAGCUCAGACGCAAGCAUUUAUUCCAUAGGAAAGCCCACCAUCAGUUGCCUACCACUACCAGCUCCUACUGCAAACACAGUACUAAUCCCUAGCAGUACCGCACCUCUAUUAUCCACCGAUAACGCUACCUCUGUUGCUUUAGUUUCUAGUGUAGCUAAUAUCAUAUCAACAGGAAAUGUCUCACUCCUGACCUCUGCUAAUUGUAUAAACACAACAGCAACAGCUAUUCCUCUGCUUGCUAAUGCUGCCAUAGUGCAAACUCAAACUAAUAUUCCAAUCAUUACAAAUCCAAUUGGUAUUGCCGCCACGCAAGCUGCCGUCGCAUUAGCCAAUAGCACUAACGAUAUACUUCCACCACAUACUAUAAAUGGUCAAGAAAAGCCAAAGCCGAAAGUUGACCCUCCAGCUGCAGUUCUUGAGAAAGCUGCACAGCUAAAAGAUAAAUUAAGAGCUACACAAGCUGUAUCAGCUUUACGCUUAUCAUCUCAACUACAGAAUAUAAAUUCACUAGCAAGUUCUUCUUUAGUUCCGUGA